GCGCUUGGGUGCACGGUUACCCGGGACCUGGGACACUAAGCCACGGGCUAGUUGGUGAUACAAGCGCCUUAUUUUGACCCUUCUCAAAUAUGUCGCAACCAGGGCCCCCUCCUCGAUGGCGUAACUGUCCUAGGAGAGGUCAACCUGUGGCAGGUAAAUUCCUGCCCAUGAAAACAAUGUUGGGUCCAAGAUAUGAUGAUCAGGUUGCUGAGGAGAACAGGUUUCACCCAAGCAUGCUGUCCAACUAUUUAAAAAGUCUUAAAGUGAAAAUGUGUUUGCUUGUAGAUUUGACCAACACAACUCGCUUUUAUGAUCGCAACGACAUUGAAAAGGAAGGAAUCAAGCAUGCAAAGCUUCCAUGUAAAGGCCACGGGGAGUGCCCUUCAAAGGAGACGACUGCAUCUUUCAUUAAUCUUUGUGAGAGUUUCAUAGAGAAGAACCCCACAGAACUGAUAGGUGUUCACUGCACGCAUGGCUUCAAUCGAACAGGCUUUCUGAUAUGUGCAUACCUGGUGGAGAAGAUGGACUGGAGCGUCGAGGCAGCUGUGGCUGCUUUCGCCCAUUCUCGGGCCCCUGGGAUCUAUAAGGGAGACUACCUCAAAGAGCUUUUCUGUCGCUAUGGUGAUGAGGAGGACACGCCCCCUGCCCCUGCACUGCCUGAGUGGUGCUUCGACGACGAUGACGACGGGGAGAUGGACGAUGACGGUAACGCGGUUGGCCAGGAGUCUGGCCCCAGCUCCUCGGGGUCAGCACCGGGAAAAAGAAAGAAGGAGAAAGUAAAAGUGGGUGCAGUGUUUCUUGAAGGCAUCUCAGUGAAAGGGGUCACACAGGUCACCAGCCAACCCAAGCUGGGAGAGGUCCAAAGAAUGUGUCAGGAGAUGGCCGAGUGGGACAAGUCUGGGUUUCCUGGUGCACAGCCUGUGUCCAUGGACAGACAAAACCUUCGAUUACUCGAGCAGAAUCCUUAUAAAGUCAGCUGGAAAGCUGAUGGGACACGGUACAUGACGCUGAUCAAUGGGAAAAAAGAAGUGUACAUGAUUGACAGGGACAACAGUGUCUUCCACAUAGACAACUUAGAGUUUCCUUUCCGGAAGGAUCCACGUGUUCAUUUAUCGAAUACGCUACUUGAUGGGGAGAUGAUCAUUGACAAGGUGAAUGGUCAGCCCGUCCCUCGCUAUUUAAUUUACGACAUCAUCAAAUUCAACGGUCAGCCUGUUGGUCAGUGUGAUUUCAAUAUCCGACUGGUGUGCAUAGAAAAGGAAAUAAUUUCGCCUCGGAUGGAAAAGAUGAAGCUGGGACAGAUCGACAAAACCAAGGAGCCCUUCAGUGUCCGAAAUAAGCCUUUCUUUGACAUUCAUGCAUCGCGCAAGCUCCUGGAAGGCAGCUUCACAUCCCAAGUCAGCCAUGAAGUCGAUGGACUUAUCUUCCAGCCGUGUGGGAGAUACAAGGCAGGGAGGUGUGAUGAUAUCCUCAAGUGGAAGCCUCCCAACCUCAACUCUGUGGACUUUCGCCUCAAGAUCACCAAAGUCGGAGGAGAGGGGCUGCUAACACAGACUGUUGGCCUGCUCUACGUUGGCAGCUAUGACAGGCCCUUUGCAACGAUGAGGGCUACCAAAGAGCUGAAACAGUAUGACAACAAGAUCAUCGAGUGCAGCUUUGCCAACAACAGCUGGGUGUUCAUGAGACAACGAGUGGACAAAAGCUUCCCCAAUUCCUACACCACAGCCAUGGCUGUGUGUAAAAGCAUCCAGGAACCUGUCACUAAGAAAAUCCUCUUGGAGUUUUUGGACCGCUGUGCUCAGGGAGUCAACGCACAGAACCGGAAACGCCCAUCUGACCCAGACUCUCAGUUGAUGCCUCCUCCCCCUCCCAAAAGACCCAACUUUGAAACCCCAUAGCCCACAGCUACGUGACUGUGUGACUGCCCCACAGUCCCACUCUACAUCUUCAUCACCAGCUACAAACGUUGUGCAGAAAACAAACAUUUC